UUCGUCUCUUUGCAAAAUUUUCGAGUAAAAAAUAUAUAUAUAUAUACACACAUAUAUAUUAUUUUAUUUCAACUUUUUACCUUUUCUAUUUUUUAACAUAUCAGUAAAAAAAUGACUUCAUUAAUUUUCAUGUUACCGGAAACUAUGUGUCCAAUUCUUGAUUAUAUUCGAUACGAUAGAAAAUCAUUAUAUUCUUGUAUGUUCGUAAAUCGAACAUGGUGUAGUCUUACAACCCCAAUCCUGUGGCGUGCACCAUUUAAAGAGAGUAGAUCAAGUUUAAUUACUACUUUUAUUAGGUGUCUUGAUAGAACAUCUAAAGGAAAGUUAAGAUUGUUUGAUGGUUUUCCUUUGGAAGCUUUAAAGAAACCAACCUUUAAUUACAUGCAUUAUAUUCAUGAACUUCAAUAUCCAACAUUAUAUGAUUCGGUUAAAACUUGGUGUGAUGAAAAUUAUUUAAUCGUAUAUAUUGAUAAAGAAAAAGAAAUUUACUUAAAUCCAACAUCUACUAUUUUGGAUAUGCUUAUUGAAAGAAUUAUGAGUAAAGCAAAACGUCUUUCAGAACUUUCUAUUCCAACAGUAACACAUCGAAAAGGAGAUUAUGUAUGUUUAAUAAAACAUAGUUCAGCUGCUAAAAAAUGUUUACCAAAGUUAAGAUAUUUAAUUUGUGAUAAUUGUGUACCAAAAAAUUUAUUAUUUGCUUCGGAAUUUUGUAUUAAUUUAAAUCGAUUAGAUAUUGAUUGUUCUUGGAUUAAUGAUAGAGAAGUAUCAAAAUUUCUAAAAGCUCAAAAGAAUUUAAAACAAUUAACAGUCACAAAAAGAUGGCCACAUUUAAAUGAUGCGAUUAGCAUUGAUAAUUUGAGUAUAUCACUAAGAUGUGUUGUAUUAAAAGAUAACUGUCAUAGGCAAAAUGGAGGUACUUUAAGUGUGCUCAAGUCAUUUACAAAUUUGGAGAUAUUGAGAUUUCAUAAUUGGGCAUCAUUUCCGGAAAAUGAUAUUGAAGGAUUGACAUCUUGUUAUUUUCCAAGACUUCGAAAGUUAAGCUUUACACAUUGUAAACCAACAGUUGGUAUGAUUAUUCCGAUGAUCCUGAUAAAUGGUUCUAGUCUACAAGAACUUACAUUAUCUUGGGAGAUUAAUCAAUCUGAUCAAUAUAGUGUUAUUAGAACUAUAGCAAGUAAUUGUCCAAAUUUGGAAUAUCUUGAUGUUCCAAUUGUGAGAAAAGAUGUGUCGAAUUUACAUUAUGUGUUGAAGUCAUGUAAGAAACUCGAAAGUCUGACUAUUAAUUCUGCAAGUGAUGAUGAUUAUGAUGUUGAUGAUUUCUUUCCUUCAAUGGGAAAUAUUAUUCCUGAACCUUUGUAUCAAUUAAAUAUCUUUGCAUAUUGGAAAUUUACGGCAGAAUCUUUAAGUGAAUUCCUUAAGAAUUGUAAAAAUAACCUAAGUUGUUUAGGUUUUUAUAGAAGUGCAACUGAUGAACAUCUUAAAGUUAUUACAGAAUAUGCCAAUGAAAGGAAAUCGUUAAGUUUCCUAGAAUUACGUUGGUGUGAAGUUAUAAGUCUUGAAGAAAUAAAAAAUGCUGAAAAAUUAAUAAAUGUUAUUGCUGUAUAUAACCAUGCAGGAAGAAGAAUUUAAAAAAAAAAUUCAUUUAUAGAAUCUAAUUAAUUUCGCAUUUGUAAAAAAAAAAAUGUAUUCAAAUUAUUAGAAUAAAUAGAAAUUUGAUAUUAGCUUUUUCAUAGAUAAAAAUAUCUGUAUUUACAUUAUAUAUAAAUAAAGUUUUCUUUAAUUCUAUGUUCAGAGUUU